UAAUGGAGGAAAAAUUCUUUCAGGGAAAGGUAACUCGAUUAAACUUGACUGUCAUGUGGCAUAGAAGUUAUUAAUUUUGUGCUUUUAUUAUUCGUGAUAACAUGCCAAGACAGAGAGAUCAUGCAGUAUUUGACGAGUUUGAUGCACGGGCAUACUCACAUCUGGUGCCUGGGCAAAAUUCCCAGCCACAGCAAAGUCAGCAGUACAGUAGAAAGCAUGAAAAGAGAAAGAAGUCUAAACACAAGUCUCAUAAAAGAUCUAGAGACAAAAGUGAUAAAGAGCGAAGCAAAGGUAGAGCUUCUUCACAAAAUCCUCCAGUUGAAGUGCUAGGACGUACAAGUAUUGUGGAUUAUGAGGAUGUUAGUUCGGAGUCUGCAGGGUCAUUAUCUGAUGUAUCAGGGACCCCAAGUAGUUCUAUACCAGCUGGGACAAGUCGCAUGGACUCUGCUCAUGGUAAAAGAGACCAGUCACCAGCUUCUGCUAUACGAUCUUACAUGAAUGAAAGAAGCCAUAGUAAUUCACCUGUGAUACGUGAAUCUAGUCCACAACGAACUGAAAGAAAUGCUAGAAAAUCAAAGAAAAGACAUAGGUCUCCGGAAAUUAUUAAAGAACCAGAGUUAAAAGCAAAAGCUUAUGCAGAACCUCCUAAGGCAUAUGCAACUCCUAGGGCGUAUGCAGAACCAAUGUCAAAAAAUGCAUACAGGAAUAAUAGUCCAACAAGUGUAAAAAAGAGGCACAGGUCAAGAUCUCCAACUAGUCCAUACAGCAGAAAGAGAAGUCGAAGCAGGUCUCGACUUAGAGUUAAAGGGGCACGUCGGUCAAGAAGUCGGAGUCCUCCAAAUUGGUCUAGAAGGAGUAGAUCGAGAUCUCGCAGCCAUUCCAGGCAGUUAAAGCGCAGACUUACACCUCCCGCUAGUCCAACUGCUAGAUCAUCACAUCGUUCUUCUAGCAGUAAAGUAAAGUAUGCGCCAACAAGUUUAGCAUCAGAACUCAGUAAGCACAGAAAAGCCCGUGAAAUGCGGGAUUUACGUGAUGCUCAAAUAGCAGCUAACUUGAGAAAAUCUGUUAGUGACCUGCCAUUAGAAAGUAAAAAGGAAGUGAAAAUUAAAAAAGAACGGACACCUGAACGUAAAAGUUUAGAACCAUUACGUAAAGAGCCAGAAUAUUCCCGUAAAGAAAGACUGCAAGAUGCUAGGGAAGCAAACAUUGUUGUUAAAGUAGAAAAUGUUCAGCAUAAUCAUGGAACUAUGUCUGAAAGUAGACAAAUGGAGCCAGUGUAUUCUCCCAAGAGACAGGCUCCUGAAAGAGUGCAUGAAAUGGAUGUAUUAGCAGGCAAAGUGGGAAGAAUUGAGGAAAAGCCAAAUUUUGCUCCACCAAAGGAUUCUCCUGGCUAUGAAAAUGUUAGUGAUAUAGAGCCUAGUCCAGCUCAAAGUGUUCAGCCCGCCCAGCACAAGGCCACUCCUCCACCUUCAACGAAACACAGAAUUUCAGAUCUACCCAUGCCACCCACAGUAGAUUAUCCAAAAUCCAAACCCAGAGAGCAGAGACCGACUAGUCCCCAAAGACAGCGUAGGAUUACUGACCUGCCCAUGCCCCCUGUGAUAGAUGAACCUGAUGUAGAACAAGAUUAUGAGAAUUCUCCAGUUGACUUUAGAGAUUCAGAAUCGGAAAAGAAAGAAGGCAAACCGAAACGUCCUAAGUUAUGUCAGCAGAGACGUCACAAUGAAAGAAUUAAAGGAGCAUGGGGUGAACGCUGUGUUGACUUGUUUGACAUAAUAGAGAUUAUUGGAGAGGGAACAUAUGGUCAAGUGUAUAAAGCUAAAGAUAGUCUAACAGGUGAGCUGGUUGCCCUGAAGAAAGUUCGGCUAGAGAACGAGAAAGAAGGUUUUCCUAUAACAGCUGUGAGAGAGAUCAAGAUUCUGAGACAACUAAAUCACACCAGUAUUGUUAACUUGAAGGAGAUUGUCACAGAUAAACAAGAAGCUGUCGAUUUUAGAAAAGACAAAGGGGCAUUUUACCUUGUAUUUGAGUAUAUGGACCAUGAUUUAAUGGGAAUCUUAGAGUCUGGCAUGGUAAACUUCUCAGAGAUACAUAUAGCAUCUUUCAUGAAACAACUUCUACAGGGCCUCGAAUAUUGUCACACUAAAAAUUUUCUUCACAGAGAUAUUAAGUGUUCAAAUAUACUCUUAAAUAACAAGGGUCAGAUAAAGUUAGGUGAUUGGGGUUUAGCACGUUUGUAUGAUGCCGAGGACAAGGAUAGAUUGUACACAAAUAAAGUGAUAACACUUUGGUAUAGACCUCCAGAACUUCUUCUUGGUGAGGAAAGAUACGGCCCUUCAAUAGAUAUAUGGAGUAUAGGAUGUAUAUUAGGAGAACUGUUCACUAGGAAACCAAUAUUUCAAGCACAGCAGGAGCUAGCCCAGUUAGAGUUGAUCAGUAAGACGUGUGGUUCUCCAUGCCCAGCUGUAUGGCCAGAUGUUAUCAAGCUCCCACUGUUUCAUACAUUUAAACCUAAGAAAUUGUACAGACGAAAACUCAGGGAAGAAUUCUCAUUCCUACCAAAAAUGGCUCUAGACUUAAUGGACAACAUGUUGGAGUUGGAUCCUGCCAAGCGCUGCAGUGCAGAAGAGGCUCUGGUCUCACCUUGGCUAAAAUAUGUUGACCAGAAGAUUGUCUCUCCACCAGAUCUACCAAAGGAUCAGGACUGUCAUGAGAUGUGGUGUAAGAAUCGUAAAAAAAUCUUGAAGGAGAUGAAGAAUAGAGGGGAGGACCCUAGCAAAUUACCUGACCAGGUAAAGCCAGGAAGUAGGGAGGGCAGUCGGGACCGAGGCCCAUCAGUUCCACAAAAACCUGUACCUUCUAAAGAUGUAACAGAUAAAAAUAAAAGAAAUAAUUUACCAAGCAGUCAUAAAGAUAAAGUAUCUGGACCUGAAUUAAGAGACAGAAAUAAUAAAAUAGACAAUGGAAGUGUUCCUUUACCAUCUGGUGGUUCAUUAAGUAGCAUAGCAAGUCAGAAACCCAGUGCAUCAGGUCAUAUAUCAAAGUCUAUGUCCAUUAGUGCAUUGCCAGGUCAGCUAGAACCGAUAAAGCCUUUAAACGUCCCUAAGCCGCGUUCACCUACUCCCCCAGAAGAUCCAACAUUGCCAACAAGAUACCUCGAUAUAACACAGUUCAAGGCACCUGAAGAUUUGGAGGGAGAUGAUGAACAUCAUGCGGGUCCUGUUGCGAAUCCAAAUCCUGACAUGAAUCACCUGACUCAUAUGUUACAACAAGGCAUGAGUAUUGCCGAGGUUGCUAAAAGUAUGAAUAUAAAACUAGAUGAGCAAACAAAUGAGCUACUCACUACCUUAAAACAACAGCUUGAUUUAGCUACGGCAUUGGCAAAGCAGUCUGCUGUGAAUCAGGGUCCAGGUUCGGUACCUUCCGAGCAAGGGGAAGUCGGUAAAACCUACGAUUAUAGUAAUGUAAACUACGCUGCAAAUGAAAAUAGUUCGGGUACAAACAAUAUGAAUCCGGCAUCUAGUGAUAAUAGUGGUGUCCAGAUGGUCCUCAAUCAAAUGUUGACAAAACAACAGGGUUCGGUAAUUGACUAUCGUACUCAAGAUCCUGCUUAUUCACAGGCGCGGGAUUCUGGUGAUGGAUAUUAUAACAAUUCUCGUGAUCCUUAUUCUCAAGUAGACAAUAGACCAUUAGAUACCUCGGGAGGUGACUUGUCUGAUACUUCUCUAACGGAUAAAAGUUUAGGGGCCGAAGGUUAUAGCUUGUAUAGAGGUGAUUCACAAACUAGGUCAGAUAUACAAGCCCCUGUGACUUAUGGUGAGUAUAAUCGGGAUUCUAACAUAUCAAGUGGUGUGAAUUCAGACAUACAUUCAACAGGAUAUAAUAGAUACAGUAACUCAGACUCUAGAUCCGGAAGUGUUCAAAAACAGUAUUCAUAUGGUUCUGAUUACAGUGAAAAUGAAGGUGCUCAAAUAACUUCUCACAGAAACUCUAGUUCCUCUAGUUACACUGCUGGUGGUGGGGCAACUGGUCCAGCAAGUUUGCUAGGAUCUCCCCCGUUUAGAAAUACUGGAGAAAAUCAAUCUGGAUCUAGUUCCUUGAGUAAUCCUGGAUUUGGAAGGCAACUGUCUGAUGAAGGGAAAUUCACUAGGGGCCAUGGACCUUAUGGUAACACCCCUCAAAGUUAUAAAGGAGGGCAGCAAUUUAAUAGAAGUGCUCCCCGACCCCUGAUGUCCUUUGACACGGGGAGGGGUCGAGGAGGAAGGGGUGGUUAUAGAGAGAAAUGGUAAUUGGUUAUAUGUGUGGUGUGAUAAAACUUUUGUUGAGCAGUUAUCCAAUCAAGGUGAAUUAUAUAUAAGUUGUCAUAGUGAUUAAUUUAAGUGUCUUACAAGUGACAUUGUAGAAAGUGCUGACAUUUUUGAUAAGGAAUCAAGUUUAGAAGUUCAUAAUAAAGCCAUAGUGACAAGGUUCAAGACAGAAGGAUUUAUACAGAGCAAAGUGUGAUGUAUAUUAAUACUGUUGAAGGAAGAAGUUUGGGGAAGAAGAAGAAAAAAGAAAUACUUAAUAUUUUAGUUCACUUAUAAUUGUACAGCAGAAAUUUUUCUGAUAUAUUAUAUUGGAGUAAUUGUAUGUUGAAUAAAUGCAUGUUGAAUAUGGUGUCGUUUGAGACAAUAACUUUAGGAAACAGUUGUUAUAUGAAUAUUCCAUUGCAUCAUAAUGUGUCAUUUCUGCUUGUAAGGUUAAUUUUUUAAGACUGAAUGACAGUAAUAAAUGUAAGAUUUGUUUUCUUUGAUGAGGCCC